UAGGAUUAAUUUUUAAGAAUAAUUUCAUAUUGUUAAGAAACUUUCUUAUACAAAUUUUAAUUUACUAAACUAAAAUUUUCAAACAAGUUAAUUUCAAAAGAAAAAUCAAACAAGUUAAAUAUAUUGAUGAAAGUGACCAGGUUUAGGAUUAAACUCUCUCUCCUUGCGUUAACAAAUUCCACAAAAAGCUUAACCACAAUAACCAACUUUUAAACCCCACACCAAACCCUAACCCUAACCCUAAUUCCCCUUUCAAAAAAAAUACACAGACUCAAUAUGGAAACUAUCGGAGUCCUAAUGACCUGCCCAAUGUACUCAUACCUGGAACAAGAAUUAGAAGCUCGUUUCAAUCUCUUCAAACUCUGGCAGCAACCUUCAAAAGCUGACUUCUUGAAAACCAAUCAACACAAAAUCAAAGCGAUUGUAGGUAAUACUAAAAUUGGUGCAGAUGCGGAGCUGAUUGAUGCAUUGUCAAAAUUGGAGUUUGUGGCUUCGUACAGUGUGGGACUGGAUAAAAUUGAUUUGAAAAAGUGUGAGGAGAAGGGAAUUAGGGUUACAAAUACCCCUGAUGUGUUGACUGAUGAUGUUGCUGACCUGGCAAUCGGUUUGAUAUUGGGGGUUUUGAGGAGGAUUUGUGCUUGUGAUAGACAUGUGAGAAGUGGGAAAUGGAGAGAAGCUGAUUUUAAAUUGACAACAAAGUUUGAAAUUGCAGAGUAGCUAUCCUGUUUAGAGGUGAGCUGGGAACAAAUCUCAAAUUUCCAGAUUUCCAUCCAUCCAUAAUUUUGAUUUCAGGACUUUUAAGAGUUUGACUCAUAUCUCUCCUGGGUUAUCGCCAGGAAUUUGUGCUGUUUGAAGUCAUAUCUUGUACUUCUUUUUUUGUUUGAGUUGUAAUAGGGGAAAUUGCAGAUUCUAAGCAAAAGGGAUCAAAUUCAGGAAUUUAUUUCUGCUGCUCAUCAUUUGGUAUCAAGUUGCAUUAGGGAUAAAGGAACUUGCACAACUCGGUUCGUAACUUCCUAUUAAUGCUUUUCAAGCUUUUUGUCAAACUAGGGGCGGGAGAUCUUUUAUUUGUAAAUUUGAGGUUGGAGAAGAAUUAUUUAUAUAUUUAGGG